ACAAUUACGUUGGUGCAAGGAAUCAACAUGACAGUUGAGGCUGGUUCCAUUUGGUCAGAGCCUGGUUUUAGCAUUUGGGACAACUAUGAUGCCAUGGUGGCCGCAGACGUGGCGGUGGAGCCCACUGUGCUGGAUCUCAACGUACCCAACGGCACGGUCCUGACUGUGGAAUACACGGCCACCGACAGCAGUGACAACAGAGUCUCCGUCACACGUUUUGUUCAGGUCGUCGUGUCGUGUGGUGCUGUUCCAUUUUCGAAUGCAACUGCCAGCGCUAGCACAGCAAUAUAUGGAGACAUUGUUGCGUUUGCGUGCCCCGCAGGGACCUAUCUGAGUGGCAGUGCUAGGCUCACUUGUACAAUUUCUAGAAACUUUAGCGACUUGCCCCCUUCCUGUGUGCCCUGUCCCCUCAAUACGGCGCGAGCCCAGGACAAUCACGCAGAAGCCACCUGCCAGCCCUGCGGCCCAUACAUGGCAACCGCAGGGCUCGGGAACCACGAUUGUUCCUGCGAUGUCAACUUUAUUCUAUCCAACGCUACCUGCCAGGCCUGCCCAAGCGGCUUUGCCAAAGCUGGAGUAGCCAACACAACGUCGUGUCCCCUCGUGAAUGUUGGCGCCGCUUACACAUUCUCUGUGUCUGCCGCCGUGGCUGCGCAAAUGGCGCACGAUCUCACAGAAGCAUUGAGCGCAGCCCUUUCAGCCUUGGUCCCGGGCGAUCCCAUUUCUGUGGUAUUCUCCUCAAUCCAGGAGCAGACCUUCACGACUUCCCUUGCAUCCCUGGCUCUGGGCGUCACCCCAGCUCAGCAUGAUAACAGCUGCUGUGCUCUGCAAACCGUUGCGUCCGGUAACCUGUCGGGUCUGCUGCAGGAUCUGGGUUGGUACGACGUUGAGACAACCUUCUUUGGUCGUUCCAACUGCAAAGGCAGCUUGUGUGGUGCUGCAUGCCCUGCCGGUUCCUCCCUGCGAGAUGGCCUUUGCCUUAUCUCGGAGCUGACUUGCCCAGAUGAUCUUGUUGUUGUCGGUGACGCAUGCGUCAGCAAAGAGGGUAUCGUACGCUGCCCAAAUGGUGCCACUUCAAGCCUUGUCAACGGGUCGACUGUGUGCACGAAGGCUGUCGUGUGUCCUCAUUCUGGCCACAUAUACGACCCGGAGCGCGGUUGCUUUGCUCCAGACACAUGUACAGUGGGAGAGGAGCUGACUGCCGAGUACUACUGCAUCAAACGUGACAAGAAUUGUGGUGCCGGCUUCAUCUACAACAAAAGUCUGAUCACACGCGAGAGCAGGGCCACCCUCCGUGCCGGCUGCCAGGACAUUGAUGAGUGUGUUGCCUCUUCAUUCGCUUGCUCUCCGAAUGCCAGUUGCAUCAACACAGAUGGCGGGUUCAUAUGUGAGUGCAACGACAACUCGACGCAAUAUAACGCGGUUCUUCAUUCAUGUGUUGAUCCCAACUCGUGUGUGACACCGCCCGCUGUCGCCGCGUUGAAUAUCAGCUACUAUGUGAACGGCAAUGGCGCCUGCGUAUCGGACUCGUACAUAUGUAGCGCUGAGCACUCCGUGUACAGCCCGGAGCUUGCAACGCCAAAAAAUCUUGCUGUGGCCUUUUUCAAGCCGUGCGUUGCCCCAAACUCCAACUGCACGGUCACCGGCCCCAAUGAUGACGUGAUGAGCUGUGUAUGUGCUACAGGUUACAUGGGCGAUGCACAAACUGGCAUCAACAGCGUGGGCUGUCAGACCCACUGCAACCGUAAUCCGUGCCAGUUUGGCGGCGAGUGUGUUGUAUCACGGUAUGGCCCACGCUGUCUGUGCCCUGCAGGCUUGAGCGGUGCUACAUGCUCCAUUCUGGAGGCCGCCUGUAACGGUCGUUGCAGUGGUCGUGGCACUUGUACGCCUGGUGCUGCCAGUCCGGACUUGGACCCAGCAACCUCUGAGUACGCAUGCACGUGUGACGAGGGGUUUGCAGGUACUGACUGCAACGUGAGCAGUAGUCUUGGAUCUCGUCAGGGAGAGGUGUUCUUCAACGCCUCAAACCCGAUUGUGAUCAGCGUAGCAGCGAUCGGUGUCAUCUUGUUGAUCGUGGUUUCCAUCAUCGUUUUGCUUCGCCGCAAGAAAAAGGGGCUCGUGGUGAUGCCCGCGGCAUUUGAAGGCUCUUAUGACCUUCUGGAGGUACAAGACGCAGACGUUUGGGAGGUAGACCGACAGUGCGUGCGGCUAGGCGAAGAGCUCGGCCAUGGAGCUUUUGGGGAAGUUUUUCAAGCUUGGAUUCGCAAUUCCUACAGCGGCAAGGUGCGGCGAUGCGCUGCCAAAACCCUCAAACCAGAUGUUUCUUUCGAACACCGCCAAGACUUCUUGUCGGAGAUGACGGUGAUGAAGGAGAUUGGAGCUCAUCCAAAUGUCAUUGGCAUCAUUGGGCACUGCCUGCGCGAAACACCACAAAUUCUGCUGGUCGAGCUGGCUGAGUUUGGAAACAUGCGCGACUACUUGCGCGGGUGUCGAGCAACUCAGGAAAAUCCUCAAACAAUUCGGGUCGAUCAGAUGGCAGAUUUUUGCCUCCAGAUUGCCCGCGGCAUGGCUUUUUUGGAGCAGAAAAACGUCAUUCAUCGCGACCUCGCGGCCCGCAAUGUCCUUGUGGACAAAAACUUCGAGUGCAAAAUUAGCGAUUUUGGCCUGGCACGCAGCAUUGAAGGUGGCGAGUACAAAACGACGGCCACAAAAUUGCCCGUCAAGUGGAUGGCCCCGGAAAGCUUAAAGAGCCGCAUCUACACCACUAAAUCAGAUGUGUGGUCCUUUGGUGUCACCAUGUGGGAAAUCUUCUCCCUUGGAGGUACGCCAUACAAGGAACAUCAGAACCGGGAUGUUUUGAGUUUUCUGGAAAGCGGCCAUCGUCUGCCCUCGCCGCGUCAGGCGCCUGUCGAGUUCGACGAUAUCGCGCGCAUGUGUUGGGUGCUUGAGGCAAGCGACCGACCCAGUUUUAGUGAGCUGGUGGAUUUGCUAGCGGAUAUCGUCCUUGAACAGAGCUUCUCAGCGACGGUACCUGAGGUGGACAGCGAAAACUUUUAUGAGGCCAUUGCUGGCCCGUCCGAAGAGAGCGAGGCCUCGGGAUUGCGUGCAGCGGCAAAUGAUGUGGACGACACCGAGGCAUGGAUGGGCGCAGACAUGUAUGAAGGCCAACUGCACGUUGACGAGCUCUAUGAUAAUGAGCUCAAUGACAUGGUCACUCGCGAGGAGAUUAUUUACGACGACGGGGUUGAUGCGGUAUUCAGCGAAGAAUUGUACGCGACUGUUGGUGAUCUGAUCAAGACAGGUCGUGCUGCAACUGCUGCGAGCAACAGUGGGGCCUGGCUGGGCGCUGACGUAUACGAGAGCCAGCUUCAAGGCGAUGAGCUUUAUGAUAAUGAGCUCGAUGACAUGAUCGUUCGUGAAGAGAUUGUUUACGACGACGGGGUGGAUGCGGAGCUCGCGGGAUGCAGUGGAGAGCUGUAUUCGGCAGUCGCUGAUCCGACCGAGGAAGCUGGCGCCACGGCCAGUGUGAGUGACAAUGGGGCCUGGAUGGGCGCUGACGUCUACGAGAGCCAGCUUCAAGGCGAUGAGCUCAACGGCAUCAUCGUUUGCGAAGAGGUUAUCUACGACGAUGACUUUGCUGCGGAGCCCGCGGUAUACAAUGAAGAAUUGUACGCGACGGUUGCUGAUCUGAUUGAGAAGGGUGAUGCCACGGCUGGUGUGAGCCACAGUGGGGCUUUGAACAGCGCUGACGCUUAUGAAAGCCAUCCUCAUGGCGAUGAGCUCAAUGGUGUGGUCGCUCAAGAACAGAUUAUCUACGACGAUGGCUUUGAUGCGGAGCCCGUGGGAUGUAGUGAAGAGGUGUACGGAGCGGUGGUUGAUUUGACCAAAAAGGACGGCGUAUCAAGUCUGCGUUUAACUGCGGACGGCACAGGCGACAGUGAGGCUUUGACGAAUGCUGGCAUGUAUGAGAGACAACUUCACGACGAUGAGCUUGACAAUAAUGAGCACGGCUACAUAACUAUUCGCGAAGAGAUUAUCUACAACGAUGGGGUUGGAGUAAGGCCCGAGGUGGAUUGCGAAGAGGUGUACGAGGCGAUUGCUGACCCAGCCGAGCAAAGCGAGUCUUCAGUUCUGCGCGCAACUGCGAGCAGUGCCGGCGACAGUCAGGCACAGAUGGCCGCUGGUAUGCACGAGUGUCAACUUUACGGUAUUGAGCUUUACGGCAAUGAGCUCAAUGGCCAGCUGAGUAAGGGUCCUGACCAAAGCCAGGCUGUAUAUGAAGCUGAUGGCAACGGGUCGAUGCCUGUGUACGACAUCGCCUCCGCAGAUGUGGUGGCCACAGGGCACCGUGCCACUGCCUAUGAGCGUCAUGCCAACCAGCCAGGAGUCCUCUUGCUUGCUUUGCCAAGCGAGGUCGCCAACAUUUACGAUUUUGCUCUUGAAGACUUGGAGAUCUAAGUGUUCUGCCGGCAACCCGUGCUUGCAGAGGCCACACAGAAAAUAGGCUUGCCCUCUGCAGAUACAGUUGUUGAUAGCCAGCCAGCCAGUCCUGAAUUCGGCGCUUCAAACAGUCACCAUCUUAGUGCCUCAUUGCCUCUGCUGUAGAUCAGCUACUGAACGUGAGGCUUAGGUCAUAGCCAGUCAGUCAUCUUAAACCAAAUACAGCAAAAAAUUUUGAUUCUUUUUUAC